AUAUCAAGAAAAAAAUGGUGAAACACACGGAAUCUGCUCAACACGAGCAAAGUAUGGAAAAGUGGCAGAGCUAUCAACAGUCCAGACGAAGCGGCUCUGUUGCUGCGCAAAUAAGCACAGCUCACAAGAAAACCGUUAAAGAAAACCGGGAAUAUGCCACCUCCAUUGCUGAAAUCGUCUUGCAUUUAGAGGACAUGAUGAAAAUGAGGCCUCAAGCAACCGUGGGAACUUUUUGGAAAUGUGCAGCUUCCUUGCCAAGCGAGAUGCGUCAUUUUGUAUGAUGCAGCAGAAAUCAGCUACUCUCACAAGUCAUGACACCCAAAACGAGUUCAUACAAAUAGCUUCUGAAAUGGUGAUGAAAGAAAUCAUCAAAGAGAUAGAGGCGAAUGGUUUUUUCACUCUCGUGGUUGAUGAAGCUCGAAGCUACAAAUCUGAACAAAUGACAGUUUGCGUCCGUUACACACACAAUAUGGAAAUACAAGAGGGUUUCCUUGGAUUUGUGGACUGCUCUGAGGGGACUGAUGCAGAAUCCCUACAUGAUCACAUUAAAAAGUUCAUGGAUGAACAUGGAAUUUCCAAACUUCCUGUGGUUGGGCAAUGUUAUGAUGGUGCUGCCGUUAUGGCUGGGAAAGUUAAUGGGGUGCAACAGAGGAUGCGGCAGGAUCACCCUAGCGCUAUUUACAUCCACUGUAUGGUGCACAAGUUAAACCUGGUGUUAGUUGAAGCUUGCAAAGUCAACCGGGUGGCCUCUGGUUUUUUCUGUGUCAUGGAAAGCCUAUACACCUUUUUCAGCCAGCCUGGAACUCACCAUGCCUUUCUACAGAUGCAGAAACAGCUGGGAGUGAAAGCGGAACUGUCUGCCCUGAGUGACACGCGAUGGGUCUGCAGAUGGCAUAACAUGUCAGCUGUGAAAAACUCUUUCAAAUCCAUAAUGGCCACCCUUGCCGAGUUUUCUGUGCCCCCAUACUGCAGAUUUACAGAGGCUUCAGGUUUGCUUCACAGCGUGGGAAAACUGGAAUUCUGUGUGUGUUUGAUUGUGUUUUCCCAUGCACUCCGCAUCAUCCAUGUCGCAUCUCAGGCCCUUCAGAAAACAGACACAACACUUGCUCAAGCUUCCAGUGUUCUGCAGGCCAGCAUCCAAAGGCUUCAGAAAAUGAGAAAAAAUUGGGAGGAGAUGUGGAGGGAGAUACUCACUUUUUUGUGAGUCUGGUGACAUUUCUGUCACACAGCAGGAGCCCGAAUGACACGAAUGACAGCCACGUUAACUUCUGCACUUGUGGGAAGCACGCUGGGGCUAAGGGAGCUGGAUACCUCCAUAUCAGAGAGCCCCAAAGACAAAUGGGCUAAACAUCUCUUCUAUCCUGUCAUUGACACACUUGUUGG